UCUGAAAGUUCGACUGUUGGUUUGUGGUCUGCCGUACCAAGGGAGCUGUGGAAGAUCUGACUUUGCAUGCCCGCCUGGAAUUUCCGUACCAUACACAGAACGCCUUUUCCUACUUUUCUUUUUUCCUUCCCGUGUUUCCCAAACGAUAAAAAUUACAACCUGCCAGCGACUUCCCUUUUUUCCGCAAAGUGUGACACUUUCGCUGGCGCAGUUCCCGCGCCUUUUUCUCUUCGUCGUUUCGGUGCUCUCGUGCGCCCGUCGUCCCGGAGACGGCCGACUCUUGCAUCGGCAACCACUGCCAGAGCCCCCGUGGAACGGAUUACCGAUUUUUUUCUGUUCUCGAUCUGCCGUCGCUUCGCUGUCGUUACACCCCGCUCAAUUACACUGAUGACGAGCGACUGUGGCUGCUCGCUUUUCGCCCGGCCUCUGUUUACAGACAAGGGACAGCGGACACCGCUUUGUGUCGGGUCUUGAAGUGUAAGAAUUUAUUGCCAAAAUACAUAUCGAUGCAUCUCUUCUUUGCAUCCACCCACGUCUUUCUGCAAGAUUCUGUAUAGGCGAGACAGUCCGUCUCACUGCGCCGCUCCACGUUUGGGUCCUGUGCCAUCGUUGUUUCCGAUUGGGUUUUCCCUUGCCAGGACCUUACCCGCAUCUAUGGUUGCAGGUUUCCGAGUGCCUUUCGUCGCCGGGACCAUGCUCAGGACCGGAGAGUUGCCGCGGCACCUUGCAGGGCGUUUCGCGCCCGGACUCAUCGGCAGGUCUUCCACCGUUCCGUCUCCAGGUGUUGCGAAUUUUUCUCGGCCACUUUUCUCCCGGCGGAGAGUCUUCUUGAAUUCCAGCGUCGUUGCCGCGGCAGGAGAACCCUCUUGCUUGCGGCGAAACCCGUCCAGCGUGCUCAUUCGCUUCCCGUCUACCCAACGGUUUCUUUCUACAAACCAAGAACCCACAAGAACUACCAGAUCUUCUCCGGGAGCAAGAGAGGGGCCCGGUACCGGAGGACCCGCAAGUGCCGUCGGCGCCCAGCAUGGGAAGUACGAGGUCCCGUUUUCGGCGAAGAGGCAAAUGGAUUUGAAGGUGGGUCCCUACACCAGAGGGAAAAUCUUCAUAUCUCCGCGGGAGGACCCGAAAGAGUUCAUCCUUUCUUGCCUCGUUGUUUUCGUCAUGCUCUACACACUCUACAACCUACCCAGAGGAGAAUUCCUUUGGGAGCGAAGGCAGCGUCUGAUUAGAGAACGCUUGCUGAAGGAGUACGGCCUGACGGAGGCAGACUUGGACGAAAUCGAGGGUGACGAGGCGCCGCUGUCCGACGACUUGCCUGAGACCUGUGAAGCCACUUCCCUUGAGGGAAAAGAGUUGAGCCGUUGAAAAUUCAAAAACGCAAGACCAGAGACCGUGGUGACAAUGCUGUUUCAACAGUGUUUCUGUCCAACAUAUUCGCGAUUCGGCAACAGCGACAACCCUACCAACAGAAAAGGCGUAGACAUCCAGGAAGCUGCUCUUCCUGCCAGUGCCCGUGGUCAAGAAGUGCGUCCACGUGCGCCGCGAGUUGGGGAAGAAGACUGUUUCGAGUUACAGCCAAACGCGGCUUUUCGAGAAUUGUUUCAUCUUUGCGCGUGCGAAUUGUUGCGGCCUCCUCAAGUGCGUCUGUGCUUCCUGCCACACCAUGCGCUAUAGUUUUCAAAGAAGACAAACCUCGCGGUGGGCCUUUGGGAACUCCGUGCUAUCGUUUUUCUUGUCCGUACUGGUCAGAAAGGAGUGGGGAACUGCGUGCGGGAAGAGAAACGUUUUCGCUUCUUUCUUUGCUGCCGUCCACACAGAGCCAGUCCCCUGCUGGGAGAUUCGCUAAAGCGAAUGCGUCUUUUUGAACGAGAAACGAUGUUUGCACUGCUGUUUUAUCCAUGGCAGGAAUGCCUUCUUCGAGCUUAACAAAGAAGGUGCGCAUGCCAGGCCACAAAAACGUCUCUGGAGUAGCUAAACGUGGUUGGACUUCACAAGAGUAACUAAAGUUGUAUGCAGCAUUCCAGCUACAAUAGUGUCUCUCUUUAUUCGGUUUGAUUUAUGCAGUUCGGAGUCGAGGAUCAUCUGUAUACCUCAUCAAUGUUACUCCACAUCAGUUAUGUUCAAGGCAUAACACAUGGAUUACCGGGACCACUCGUUUUCACGUUGCACGCUGUCCAUCACUUUGAAUGUACAAACUCACAGUGGACCUCUUCGAUUAUCGGCGUUUGACUGGUGCUCGAACAGAAGUUCAGAGUCUUCUCGGUGAGACCAGGUGCUCGUGCGGCGACUCUGGCCAUGUGGCGACAGGCAGCAGGGAAGUGAGGUCGAGGAAAAAUACUCGAAAACAAACGCGAGAUUCCAGGUCCUUAAGAAGUUAUCUUGCGGGUCCUUCAGAUACAUAUCUGGAUAGAUACACAUCUUAGAGAAACCUAAUCACUCACGUA